AUGAUGGAGCCAGUACAGAAUACAGUGGUGAUUAAGGGUAGAAGUGGGGAGAACCCAGCCAGUCUAGGGGGAGUAAUUGGUGGUUCCCGGGUAAAAAGUGAUAAACAUGUGGUGGAAAGUGGAGUGAACGAUGCAAAAAGAGAUGUGAAAGGUAGUAUGAAAGAAGGGGAGAAUGGAGUCGGUAAUGCAGGACCAAGUGCGGAUGCAAGUGUGGAUGCAAGUGUGGAUGCAAGUGGGAAUGCAAAAGUAAGUGAAAAUAUGGAGCAAAGGGACUCUUUGCCCACAGGAUCUGGCAAGGGUAACUUGCAACGACGCCUCUUGGGGGCCUUGAAAGAGGGUGCAGAGACCUCCAUACAAGCAGAGGGUGAAUCGGUUGACCUGUCUUUCUGGACGGAGAGACACGGGCUGAGAGUCUUCCAAGAGGAAAAGGGGGGUGAGACCAUCUGGACUCACCCCACAGCCGGUGGGGACCAUAGGAAUGUGGCCCGUCUGUUUUGGAAAAGUAAGGAAGCAACACCUUCCAGGAAGACUGUUGUGGAGCUUUUCCUGCAGAUGGGUUUUGAGGCGAAAGACAUCUAUGCCCUCAUCCAUCCUUACGGGACCAAGUUCUUUGACGUCAGCUUUGUCCGGCCAGAGGGGCUUGAGCUCUUCUGGUCCAGAUAUGAUCUGACAAAGAGCACCCCUGAGUGUCAGGGUUUUGCCGUCCAGGCCAUCACCCGCCAGAACAAGGUGAAGAAAGUGACUGUGUUAACGUGUAAUGAGUCUCUUUCUAGUGUAGAUAUAGCGACCUGGCUGAGUCACUAUGGUGAAGUGGGCUACCCAGCCAAGGUCCUGGACGAGCAUAGUAUUUGA